UGGGACGAGUUAAGAUUCCUCCUCUCCUUAACUGGCUGCUCGUUCCUAUAUAAGGGUCUGUGUGUGCCGUUAUUGAACCAAGAGUCUCAGAGUUGCUCUGUAGCCCGCACACCGCUGCCAGUCAACACUUCGGAUUAGCCGGCGCGAAUCUGACAAAGAAAAAUAACUUCGCCGGCAAAGAGGAGCAAGAUUGUUCAAGUAUACCGCAAAUCGCAGGAAGCUUAAGGAUAAUUACCCGACAAGUCCACAGAUUCUGAGCUCGGGAGCGGAGAGCACACACACACAGGCAGCCCACUGUAGUCUGCAGCAGAGAAACGAAAAACGAGGAAGAGGAGAUGAACGCCGCCGUGCCCUGCCUCGCCGCCCUCGCCACCCUCGCCCUGCUGGCCCUCCACGCCCGCGACGGCGCCGCCCUCUUCUUGCCCGACUCCCCCGAGCUGCGGCGGCUGCUGGACCGCUUCCAGGAGGAGGCGGACCGCAACGCCACGGGGAGCGCGCCACGCGGGCGGGCCCGCCGAGCCAUCCAGUGGUCCGACCGCCAGGAGAUCCUCCAGCUCCACAACAAACUGAGGGGCAGCGUGUACCCCACGGCCUCCGACAUGGAGUACAUGCUGUGGGACGACGGGCUGGAGCGGUCGGCCACCCAGUGGGCGGAGCAGUGCCAGUGGGAACACGGACCCCAAGACCUGCUGAUGUCCAUCGGGCAGAACCUGGCCGUGCACUGGGGCAGGUACCGUUCCCCCGGUUACCACGUGCAGGCCUGGUACGACGAGGUGAAGGACUACACCUACCCCUACCCUCACGAGUGCAACCCCUGGUGUCCCGACCGCUGCUCCGGGCCCAUGUGUACCCACUACACCCAGCUGGUCUGGGCCACCACCAACAGAGUGGGGUGUGCAGUGCACGUGUGCCCCAGGAUGGACGUGUGGGGAGAAGUCUGGCAGAAUGCCGUGUACCUCGUCUGCAACUACUCCCCGAAGGGGAACUGGAUUGGAGAGGCUCCUUACCAACACGGCCGCUCCUGCUCAAAGUGCCCGCCCAGCUACGGCGGGCGUUGCCGGGACAACCUCUGCUACAAGGGAGAGUCACAGCGCCCCGAAACGGAGGACAUGAAUGAAGUAGAGCAGGCUCAGGUUCCGGUCAGGCCCCCAGCAACAACGACUGCCAAACCAGCCCCCAAACCCAAACCGGCGACCCCCAGAAGGCCCUCUGCACCCAAGAAACCGCCCACGACCAAGAGGCCAUCAUCCAGCAAGCCAGCUGCCACCAACUUCCUGGUUCAGAACGUUAAGUGCGAGACCAGGGUGCGAGACAAGUGCAGAGGACCCACGUGCAACAGAUACAACUGCCCCGCGGACUGCAUGAACAAGAAGGGCAAAGUGUUUGGGACACUCUAUUACGACGUGCAAUCCAGCAUCUGCCGUACCGCAAUGCAUUAUGGGGCGAUCGAUAACAACGGCGGCCUGGUGGACAUCACUCGGAAAGACAGGCUGCCGUUCUUCAUCAAGUCGACGAAGAACGGGAUCGAAUCUUUCAGCAAAUUCAAAACGGGGAACGCGUUCACGGUGGCCAGAGUAGAAGAAGUGUCAGUGGACUGCUAUGCCACAGUGAACGAGAUCUGUCCUUUUGGGAGACUGCAAGUUAACUGCCCCAGAGUGUUAUGCCCGGCCAACUGCAAGAGCCAGCCGUCCUAUUGGGCCCCGGUGGUGGGGAGCAACAUCUACGCAGACAGCUCCAGUAUCUGCCGAGCAGCCAUCCAUGCCGGGGUGAUCAAAGCAGACGGCGGCUACGUGGACGUCCUGGCCCUGGAGAAGAGGAAGAGCUACGUGGGAACCCUGAAGAACGGGGUCCAGUCAGAGAGCAAGAGCAACCUGGACGGAGGCUCCUUCCGUGUUUUCACCGUGAGACAGUGAGACGUCACACACACACACACGCACACACUGCACACACACACACACACACACACGCACACACAACACACACACACACACACACACACGCACACACACACACACACACACACACACACACACACACACACAAGCACGGGGCCCUCCAGUCCAGUGGCUCCGGGUACACACAGGGUCUCCCCAUCCACUCUGCAUGGACAGGAAGUGCACACAGUGUCAUCGCCAUGGCAAUUACUCAGAUUUCCCCCCUGCCACAGCACACCCACCUGCAGAAAAGGGGUGGAGCUUCACUAUACCUCUUGGGCAUUUCGAUCAGAUCAGUCAGUAAUGUCAAUUUUACAACACAAGAGGAAAUUAGAAAGGGCCUUUUUUAAAUCUCUUAUUUGUAUAGAUCUGUUAGGUGUUGAUAUUUUUAAUGCCAAUACAAGAACAUAUGCAAAAUGCUGUACAGUAUCAAUAAUGAUUUUAAUAGUGGUGCUGGUAUACCCAUCUUGAAGUGUAGGUUGUAGGUUAAAAAAUGAAAACAUCUUUUCAUUUAUAUAUUUAUGUAUAAUUUUUUUAAUUUACAGAAGUAAAUGAUUGAUCUCGUACACAGGAAUGUAUAUUGAUCACACUUUAAUCAUUUUGUACAUAUUUAAUGUGAUAUACUUGAUAUUUACAGUUGUUCAAAUCAUUAUUUGUUCUGUGGUUUUUUUUUUUUUUUUUUUUGGAUGCAUGUCUCAACAUUUGUUUGUUUUUUGAGAUAUUUUGUUUCCAUGGUGAAAACACCCACACCUAGGUGCCUUUCCAAACGUAUUUAAAGUGAGGGCAGGUGGCUGUGGAUGAGGUGGAGAAAAGCAAACCCAUCCUAAAAUAAAGCAGCUGUUUCCCUUUGUGGUGCCGUGCAGAAGACAUGAGAACUCAUAUAGAGAACGGAUACAUAGCCAGAAUAGUGUUAGUUUCAACAAAGGAAAUAAUUGUCGUCAAUACUGUAUCUUCUGCACAGUAGACCAAGCCUGGUCCUCUUUAAACCCCCCCCCCACUACUUCUGUUCAGAUCAGUGGUAAAUGAUAUGCCCCUCCUCCUCACCCACAACACCUGCCCCCUGCCCCCUCCCCCCUUCUCUCCACAUAGCCUUUAACUUUUUAAGGUGUAAGAUAACAAAUAUGUGAUUAGAGUGUUCUUGACUGAACAUUCUAAUGCUGAUGUAAGAAUCAGUACUGGUGAUUGAAAGCAAUGGAGUUCUAGAACACUGACUUGGAAUUUUUGACAUAACAUUCCAAAAAAACUUAUCUUUAAAGGGUUAAGUGGAUCUUCACCUGAACCGCACUUAAAGUGCAUAGAUUCUAUAGCAGUAAAGAGUAUGGUACUGGAUUUGAAUUUGGAGACACUAUAUAUUAGAUUUUCUCAAUAAAAGCAUACAAUGUGCCUGCUAAGGUUUUUUUUACUUUUGCAGUUUGUACAGCAGUUCAUGUCCUUGGGAAUUGUUUGUAGAACCUCAUGUCCAACAUGGAUCUCUUUAAAGCGUUCAUAAACAGCAGUAUAAUCAAAAUAUAUUUAACCCGGAGACAUGCAGUGCAAUGUAACUAAGCUUUCAUAGUAAUGGACAUUGACCUCUGUGCUUAGAUCUUAAAUCUUCAUGCUUUACUGCUCUCGUUUUUCGGUUGGUGUGUCAUUUGCCCCCCCCCCCCCCCCCCCCCGAAUAAUAGCUGAAUAUUACUGCUCUUCUGACAAAGGGGGCGUGUUUGUUUUUAAUCUUUAACCUCCUGCUCUGUGAUUGGCCUACAGUUGUCACAUGUGGCAUCCAGACCAAUCGGAGAAAAGCAUAUAAUUCAAGAGAAAAUCUUGCCAUUGACUUUGCUGCUCUUUUCAGUUAUCUCGGUUCUGUCACUGCAUUCUGUAUGAACCAUAUGGGAAUUCUGGAGGGAAAUUGUAUUAUUCCAUUAUUUGUACAGCUGCGGAAAUGUGUAUUAUGUAAAUAUUUUGAUUUGUCUUUUUUUCUAAGAUAUGGUGUCUGUGUCUGUAAAAGUGCCUAACAUAAAUAUUUUUGGAGUGAUCAUUUUUCUUGUAUUUUUUAUAUGGCGAGCAGUUUGUCUUUUUUGUUGCACAACUUAAAAAAUAAAGAAGAUAUAAAAAUA